AUGGCUUCUUCCUCAAAUGCUGUUGAAGAUCGACUGAGUAAAAAGUUAGAGUCCCUUCACACAGGAGAAGAAACAAAUCAUCUACAAGAAAAAGUCAAUGAAAUUAUCAGCAGCUAUAACGAAAAAGAAAAUCGAAAAGUGAAUUUACGAUUCAAGGCCAUUGGAAGAACUCCUUUGCUUCGUAAAAACGUAUUUGCUAUUAAUGCAAGUCAUCGCUUUGACAAAGUCAUUAGGUUCUUAAAAAAGGAGCUCAGUUUACAACCUGAUUCAUCCUUGUUACUCUAUGUGAACUACUGUUUUGCUCCUGCUCCUGAUGAAAUUAUUGGCAAUUUAUAUGAUAACUUUAGUAUUGACGGAUAUCUUCUCAUUUAUUAUUGUGUGAAUGUCGCUUUUGGAUAA